UAACUUACCUCACAGGAAACCAGACACUAUUGGCUAACUUUGCAAAUAAAGAUACUCUCAGAGAGAGGGAGAGGGAAAUGCGCUGGGACAGCGUCUGCGUGGGACAGGGUGACUGAUUGGUACGUCCAGAGGAUCCUUUCCCAAGCCCAGCCCAGGCCCUCACCAUGCCUACCCCCGUCCAUGAAUCAAUUUCAGAAGACUUUCAGUAUUAUGAGGGUGCGGAAGCCUGUCACAUGGAGGACAUCAUGGCCUUUGGGACCACCUUCCUGCCCAUAGUGUACUCCCUUGUUUUUGCCUUUGGCCUGGUGGGAAAUUUGCUGGUGGUGUUCGCCCUCACCCACAGCCAGAAACCCAAGAGUAUCACUGACAUCUACCUCCUGAACCUGGCCUUGUCGGAUCUGCUCUUUGUCACCACCUUGCCCUUCUGGAUUCACUAUAAGAUAUGGGAAGAAGGCUUUCACAACUCUACAUGCAAACUCACCACCGCCUUCUUCUUCAUCGGCUUUUUUGGAGGCAUAUUCUUCAUCACCAUCAUCAGUAUCGACCGGUACCGGGCCAUUGUCCUAGCCGCCAACUCCAUGAACAACCGGACUGUGCAGAAUGGUGUCACCAUCAGCCUAGGUGUCUGGGCAGCAGCCAUCCUGGUGGCAGCACCCCAGUUCAUGUUCACAAAGCUUACAGAAAACGAAUGCUUUGGGGACUACCCUGAGAUCUUGCAGGACAUCUGGCCUGUGCUCCGCAACGUGGAAGCUAAUGUUCUUGGUUUCUUGUUCCCCCUGCUCAUUAUGAGUUACUGUUACUUCCGAAUCAUGAUGACACUGUUUUCUUGCAAGAACAACAAGAAAGCUAAAGCCAUUAAACUGAUCUUUCUGGUGGUCAUCGUGUUUUUCCUCUUCUGGACACCUUACAACAUUACGGUGUUCUUAGAGACACUCAGUCUCUGCAACUUCUUUCCCGAUUGUGACAAGAAGAGGGAUCUGAAAUUGGCCCUCAUUGUGACCGAGACAAUUGCAUUUAUCCAUUGUUGUCUCAAUCCCCUUAUCUAUGCGUUUGCUGGGGAGAAGUUCAGAAGAUAUCUCUACCACCUGUACAGGAAGUGCCUGGCUGUCCUGUGUGGUGGUUCCAUGCAUGCCAGUUUCUCCUCUUCUGAGUCACAAAGGAGCAGGAAGGGAAGUGUCCUGAGUAGCAAUUUCACUCACUUCACCAGUGAUGGAGAUGCAUCCGUGAAUCUCUGAAGAGAUCUCCAAAGCCUUGUCCCUACAGACAGCCUGGAGCUCCUGAGUCUGUCACUGAAAAAUGAGGACAAUUUCUUUGUUUCUUCUGCACAAGAAAUGAUGGGCCCAAUGGCAAACAAACAAACAAACCCUAAGGUGUUUUUGAGAACUGAGCUCAAAAUUUGAAUGAUAAAGGAUAGGCAUGUCUCUUACUGCAAAAGUCAGGACUUUUUUGUUUACAAAUGACAGAAGCGUGACUCAGACUAGCUUAGCUAAAAAGGAGGUGGUAUUGUAUACUGUGGCACUUGCAAGGGGGUGGCUGAGCCCUCUGUGUGCCCAGAAACCAGGGUUUGAAUUUAGCCAGAAUUUCCUCUCUCUGACUCUCAAAUAUGAGUGGUGACAGAACUCCCAGACACACAAAGCACAGCUUUGUCAUCAGAAAGGGACCGAGACCCAUUCCUCCCUCUCUGGUCUCUAGGUCAAAAUUCCCAGGGAAGGGCUCUGAUUGGCCAAGUGUGUAUCAGAUGCCCAUCUUUGGAUCUGGUGGUGGUAUCCACAGGAUAGAUCAGAUGCAGUUUUCUUUCCAAUCUCAUAGCUAGAGAUUCAGGGAGACAUAUUUCCAAGAAGCUAGAGAGGUGAGUGCUGUUUUGAUCACUCAGAACAAGAGCUGCCCACCAACCUUAUUAUGUGUCUGGCCCAGUCUCCCCUCCAAUCAUGCCAGUCAGCACACACCACUACCCUCCUCUUCAAUAAACCCCUUCUCUCAUGUCCCCAAACCUACAAAGUUUCCCUAUUACCAACUGUCUCAAGUCCAAACUCAAGUCCUUGGCCUCUGAGACCCUCCAUCAUGUGGUCUACCAAGAGAUUCCCCAUUGUCUCCCCUUUUCAAAGGACUCCACUCACCUUGUCACCCAGAUUUCUUCCAUCUGGCUUCAUAUAUCUCUACCUGAUUUUGGGCCCAAGGGGAAAAAUAGAAAGAACCCUGGUCCAAACAGAGAAGGGUUUCCCAUCCCAACUCUCUAUCUUUUGCCCACUGGGUAGCCUAUGGUCAACUGAGCUUCAGUUUCCUCAUCUACAGAAUGGAAAUAAUGGUAGUUUUCACAUUGGUAGCAUCAUUUCCAGCAUGAAGAACAAGCCACCAAUGGUUGUAGGUCCCAACACUCUUAUCUGGUUCCCAAACUACAGCUUGCUCCCCACCUGGCUUCAUGCUUAAGCGAUGGUGUUGGCAGAGCCUGAAGGAAUCUACAGGUCUGCUGCAUGCUGUACCAGACACAGAGAAGGCUGGUUCCUAGAGUGGCACUCAGGGGACAUGCCUGUAUGUACAUAUUGAUAGCUUCCCUGACCCAACCCCCCAGACUGCCCAGUCCUCCCUUCCAAUUCUCUCAUGGCAAACCCUUGCCCAUCUGGAGAUAACCUCAUCAUUCAUGCCACUGCCAACCUGGUCUGCCAGGGUCAUGGGAGUAGCUCAGUAAACAUUUGGGAAGGUCUAAAAUGUUAAAGCUUGAAAAACAACUGUAAUAAUGCUAAAGAGAAUGUCACCUGUAAUCCAACCAUGCUGUAUUAUCAUUUGCUCAUCCAGAUCUUGUUCAUACCCUCAUGUGUUUAAUAUUGCAAUCACAACAUACAGAUAGCUUUGUAAUCUGCUUUUCUUCUCUUAACAUUAGACCACACAUUCAUUACUCUCUGUUUCUCCAUAGUUCUGUGAUGAUCAUUUUAGAAGAUUCUGCCAGGAUGUGUGCUCAUUAAAAGCAUUUAACUCAUGGCUGUAUUUCUGAUACCUCCUUGGCAGUUAGUAUGUUUGUUUAAUCAAUGAAAGAAAGAAUCAUGUUCCCUCAAGAUCAUGUACCACAGUUUAUUCACCAUUACUCUGUUAAUAAACAUUUCACUUAUUUCCAAUAUCCACCAAAUACAUACAUGUGUGAUUUCCUUUCUCCUCUUCAAUUACGGCCACAGGGAAAAAUUCCAUGCCACAGGGAUCACUGGGUCAAAGAGCAUGGGAACUUUUUAAUUGCUGACACGCAUAUGAAAGUAGUAUGUCACAAAACCUUUAUUAAGCAUAUAUUCUAUGCAACAUGUGAGCUCAGAUGCAGCAUUGUUGCAAAGAUGAGUGAGACCAGGCUUCUGCCCUCGGUGCUUGAGCAGUGCUUAACACUGAAGUGCAGAGCAGAGAAAUGAACGGAUAAGAAUAAUUUGCAUGCGUUGGUAAUACAAGGACAGUGACAUGUGACCUGAUUGUGUAAGGGUGAGAGGUUCUCCAGGCAGAAAGGAGGCGAUGGCGUUCUAGAGCAAGCGAAGGGCAUAUGUAAAGGGGAUGUGAGAACAUGGAGCCCCUAAGAGAAGUGUGCGACUCCU